AUGUCUGAAUCAUACGAAGAACAAGUUGAACAGGUUCAAGAACCUGUUGUUCAAGAAACCUCUAUUGUUGUUGAAGAACAACAAGGACAUGAAGAACCUCAAGAACAAAUGUCUGAGGAUCAACAAGUCGAUGAUGCUCAUCUAGAUGAACAAAAUGCUCAAGACUCUGUUGUCACUUCUGGUGCAAUGGUUAUUGAACAAGAUUCAGAAAUGCCUCCUCCUCCUCAACAUGAAUUCCCUGAACCACAACAACCUGGUCCAGAACCUUACUACACUGAACCUCCUCCAGGUGCUCAACAUACUUUCGGUGGUCACUCCCAUAACGACCACGAAGGUGAACUAUCUACCACUAGAUUGUUCGUUAGACCUUUCCCAUUAGACGUCCAAGAAUCAGAAUUAAACGAAAUCUUUGCUCCAUUCGGUUCCAUGAAGGAAGUUAAAAUUUUGAAUGGCUUUGCUUUUGUAGAAUUCGAAGAUUCCGAAUCUGCUGCAAAGGCCAUCGAAGAAGUUAACGGCAAAACUUUUGCUGACCAACCUUUGGAAGUCGUAUACUCUAGAGUCACUCCAAAGAGAUAUAGAAUGACUUUGAAAAACUUACCUGAAGGUUGCUCUUGGCAAGAGUUGAAAGAUUUGGCCCGUGAGAACAACUUGGAAACUACUUUCUCCAGCGUCAACACUAGAGACUUCGACGGUACUGGUGCUUUGGAAUUCCCAUCUGAAGAAGUAUUGGUCGAUGCUUUAGAGAAAUUAAAUAAUAUCGAAUUUAGAGGUGCUGUCGUCUCUGUAGAAAGAGAUGAUAACCCUCCUCCAAUCAGAAAAUCUAACAGAGGUGGUUUCAGAGGUGGUCGUGGUGGCUUCAGAGGCGGUCGUGGUGGUUUCAGAGGUGGUUACAGAGGUGGCUUCGGUGGCCAAAGAGGUGGCUUCGGUGGUCCAAGAGGCGGCUUCGGUGGUCCAAGAGGUGGCUUCGGUGGCCCAAGAGGUGGUUACGGUGGUCCAAGAGGUGGCUUCGGUGGCCCAAGAGGUGGUUACGGUGGUCCAAGAGGUGAUUACGGUGGCUCAAGAGGUGGCUUCGGUGGCCCAAGAGGUGGUUACGGUGGUCCAAGAGGUGGCUUCGGCGGUCCAAGAGGUGGAUUCGGUGGUCCAAGAGGCGGUUAUGGUGGUCCAAGAGACAACUACGGUGGUCCAAGAGAUUCAUCUUACAGAGCCAGAGAUGCUCCUCCACGUGAAAGAUCUCCAACUAGACAAUAA